GUUAAUAACUGAACAGUAACGAUGAGUGGAAGGGGCAAAGGAGGCAAAGGACUCGGGAAAGGAGGCGCCAAGCGUCACCGCAAAGUUCUACGUGAUAACAUCCAGGGCAUCACCAAGCCCGCUAUCCGCCGUCUGGCUCGCCGUGGUGGAGUCAAGCGUAUCUCCGGUCUCAUCUACGAGGAGACCCGCGGUGUGCUCAAGGUGUUCCUGGAGAACGUUAUCCGUGAUGCUGUCACCUACACCGAGCACGCCAAGAGGAAGACCGUGACCGCCAUGGAUGUGGUUUAUGCUCUGAAGAGGCAGGGCCGCACCCUCCCAUCAGAGCUCUACAUGACUUCAGGACGAAGAGACACAAUUAAAACUAUGGCAAGAACCAAACAGACCGCUCGUAAGUCAACUGGUGGCAAGGCCCCCAGGAAACAGCUGGCCACUAAGGCCGCCCGGAAGAGCGCCCCGGCCACCGGCGGCGUCAAGAAGCCUCACCGUUACAGGCCCGGGACCGUGGCUCUGCGUGAGAUCCGGCGUUACCAGAAAUCCACCGAGCUGCUCAUCCGUAAACUGCCUUUCCAGCGUCUGGUCCGUGAAAUCGCUCAGGAUUUCAAGACCGACCUGCGCUUCCAGAGCUCCGCCGUCAUGGCUCUGCAGGAGGCCAGCGAGGCUUACCUGGUGGGGCUGUUCGAGGACACCAACCUUAUCUCAACAGUAACGAUGAGUGGAAGGGGCAAGGGAGGCAAAGGACUCGGGAAAGGAGGCGCCAAGCGUCACCGCAAAGUUCUCCGUGACAACAUCCAGGGUAUCACCAAGCCCGCUAUCCGCCGUCUGGCUCGCCGUGGUGGAGUCAAGCGUAUCUCCGGUCUCAUUUACGAGGAGACCCGCGGUGUGCUCAAGGUUUUCCUUGAGAACGUCAUCCGUGAUGCUGUCACGUAUACCGAGCACGCCAAGAGGAAGACCGUGACCGCCAUGGAUGUGGUUUAUGCUCUGAAGAGACAGGGCCGCACUCUGUACGGAUUCGGAGGUUAAGUCAGACCAGCAUAAACAUCAAAACAAAGGUCCUUUUAAGGGCCACCCACACAGCCAA